AGAUUGCAAUCUCUCUCUCUCCCUCUCUCUCUCUCUCAUGGAGCCACACAGCAAUUCAAGCAAAUCGGAAGUGGCCUUCGAGUGGCCUUCGAUUAUUCGAGUUUACAAAGACGGCCGCGUCGAGAGGUUCUUUGAAACCGACGUCGUCCCGCCGUCCACCGACCCCGAAACCGGCGUUUCAUGUAAGGACGUCACCAUCCCCGUCGCUGCCGCUGCUGCCGCCCCUUCCAAGCCCUCCUCCCACGUCGUCUCCGCUCGCCUCUUCCUCCCGAAACUCGCCGACUCCCGAAAGCUCCCCCUCCUUAUCUACUUCCACGGUGGAGGGUUCUUCGUCUCCUCCCCGUUCUCCGCUGUUUACCACAACUACCUCAAAGCCGUGGUCGCGGAGGCCAACGUCAUCGCGGUGUCGGUGAACUACGGGAAGGCCCCAGAGCACCCGAUACCGGCGGCUUACGAGGACUCCUGGGCUGCAAUCCAGUGGGCAGCUUCGCACCGCGACGGUGAUGGCCCGGAGGCUUGGUUGAACGAGCACGCGGACUUUGGGAGGGUGUUCUUGUCCGGAGAAAGCGCAGGUGCCAACAUUGCUCACAACAUGGCGAUGGUGGCCGGAAAACCCGAGCGUGGGCUAAACAUCCGGCUUCUUGGAGUUGCUCUAGUCCAUCCUUAUUUCUGGGGUUCCAGUCCGAUCGGGCCGGAGGCACUGCAUCCGGAUAAGAGGGCCGAACUGGAUUGGAUAUGGCCUUUUGUCUGCCCGUCUACGCCGGACAGCGAUGAACCGUGGAUCAACCCGAUGGCCGACGGAGCCCCGAGGUUGGCGGGGCUCGGGUGCAGGAGGGUGCUGGUGUGCGUGGCCGAGAAGGAUUUAUUAAGGGACAGAGGGCGGCUGUACCGUGAGGUGCUGGGCGGGAGCGGGUGGGCGGGCGUGGCGGAGAUGAUGGAGACGGAAGGGGAGGGUCACGCGUUUCAUUUGUAUGACUUGGGAGGGGAGAAAGCUAAGGAUCUGAUCCGGCGGCUGGCGACUUUCUUCAAUGGAGAUAUGUCGCCCUUGAUGUCUUAAUCACGAAAAGGCUUGAAUUAAUGUCCCACUACGUGGAAAAUGAGGUGGAAUGUUUUUGUCGAGAGCAAGUAUGAAUGGACAUCUUCACAAAUACGGCGUUAUGCCGUAAUCAAGAACAAUUUUGUCGUAAAUUUGAGAAAUUACGACGUCAUUAUAAUGUUUA